GCCCAAGCUUGCAGCCGCACAGCCAAAUUCCACGCAUCUUUCCUCGGAAGCAGGUUGCACUGGGCUUUCCCAAACUAUAAGCGCGCCUAGAACUGCAGCUUUUAUUUCCCGAUCCCGCCACGCCCCCCCCCCCCCCGGUGCAAUUUACUCCGCAGCAACCCACUCCAUCAUUCGGUGGGAUUUCACUCCCCCAUCGGCACGCCUGCCUAAGCUUGAGGCUCUUCAGUGUCGACUAGGAACCCGACUCGCAGUCCCAGCGGCCGCUCGGGGACUGUUUUUGUCGCCCGGGCAGGAAGCAAUUCUGCUUGCACCGCCGGGUUGCCUCCCUCUGCCUGCCCUUGCAGCUGCUGCCUGCAGAAAGCAGUUUGCGGCGGAUCAUGCUGGCCCUGCCCGGGUUCCGGCUCCUGACUUGGCGGCGAGGAAGAUUGCAGGCGGCGGCACGGCGGGCUUUCUGCGCCGCCGCUGCUCCGGAGAACGGGCGAGCCAGCCAAGGACAACAGCAGCAGCAGCGCCCGCCCUUGGAGCCCGGCCUACUGGACAUCCUCGUCUGCCCUUUGUCCAAGAAGCCUCUCAGGUAUGAAGAAUCCACCAAUGAGUUAAUUAACGAAGAGCUGAGCAUUGCUUAUCCCAUCAUUGAUGGCAUUCCUAAUAUGAUACCCCAGGCAGCAAGGAUGAUUGGCAAGGAGAACCAAGGAAAGGGACCUGCACAGACCUAGACGAUGGUCCUUUAAAAAAGGGAAGGUGAAAGAUAACGCAGGGACAGGGAAAAUGUUCCCGUUGCUUCCUACCAUGACUGUACUCGUUCCACUCUUGUCGUUAGCUGGUCUGUUUUAUUCGGCCAGCGUGGAUGAAGACUUUCCUCAGGGAUGCACUAGUGCAACCAGCCUCUGUUUCUACAGCCUGUUGCUUCCCAUUACGAUCCCCGUUUAUGUGUUUUUCCACCUCUGGACCUGGAUGGGCCUGACACUCUUCCGCCACAACUAGGACGCAGAAGGUGUGUUAACAGAGAAUACGCUAGUGAUCCUUAACAUUUUGUCUCUGAAAGUGAGAGUGCAAAUGAUGGACCCCACAGUGGAUUAACUACAUUUCCAUUGAAGAUGCAUCCAGAAUCAGGAGAGCUACAUGCCCUUUAGUGGAAUGUCUGCACAAGGAGCUCCCCUGUUCAGGACAUGUAGCAUCAAAUCCCAUUAAGUGGAGAAGAAACUAGGGGGUUGCACAAGAAAGUUCCAUGAUGUACCAAAGCCUGUGGACGAGACUGCCUUCACCAGCUUCACUUUCUCUCUUUGUAUGCAUGGUGGCUAGGGCUGAGAUACUACAAGCCUAAAGAGCAGGACAGGUAAAUACAAACAGACAACCUGCCAAGUUCUUUGAAAGACCUCUGUGCAAAGGUACCCUAUGGAAUAGUUUUUUUGUUGUUACAGAUUCUGGAUUAACAUACAAUGAAUGAUGCUUCACAAGCAACAGACAGAGGAGUCUUUUGUGCAGGAAUUUUGUAAAGUGUGAAGUUGUUCCUUUGUGCACUAGAAGUUGGGUUCUCAGGUUAUAGAUAAUUUGAAAUCAGACAUGGUGGUCAGGUGGUAUAUUUUCUUGCAUUUAGCUACAGAGUUGUCUUGUACACGUACCCUGGCUGUUUGAACUGAUGUAUGCAGAAAGGUUGUAAUUCACCUGCAGGGCUACGAAAAUGAUCAGCACAAAAUAAAAACAAACAGGAAAGUCUAA